AAGCAGCGCAUCAUUUAACUCCUACUGAAGAAACAUUCACAGAGAAAGCCUUGUUGGUAUGUCCGAGGAAAAGAUUGACGAUCAGCACAGACUGCUAGAUUUUACCAGGACCCCCCUGCUCAUUUUACACCGAAUAGACCACCUACAAGAUUAUGUUUGCAAAAAGGAGACUUUCUGUGACCAGCGGCUCUGUAAACAGGAGAGGAUUUGCAGUUUGGACCAAGAGGAACCUGGACCUCUGCAGAUGAAAGAAGAACACCAGGAAGUAGACACUACCUGGACUAAAGAGGAGUCAAUAGAGCUCCCCAUAAGUGAGCAUGAAGAGCAGCUUCUUCUCAAACUGGAAACUGAAGAUACAUUUAUUAUGACUCCUUUACAUCAAAACACCCAGACUGAAAAAGAACCAAUCAGGAACCAAUUCAUCCCUCAGGACUCGAAUACAAUUCAGAAGCAGGAUCAAAACGACUCAGGUUCAAAGCGACAUAAAGGGCCCAAAGAAAGUAGAUGUCAGGAAAACAUAAAUUGUAAAGAAACUGUUGAUGAUUCAAAACCUAACUUGCAAGAGGACACUCACAAAGAUAACAAUUUGUACUCUUGUACAACUUGUGGUGAUUUUUAUUCUCAAAAUAGUGACCUGACUGUACACUCGAAAAGUCACACAGGUGAAAAGCCUUUUCCAUGUCUGACAUGUGGAGAAAGCUUCAUAAGAAAAGCACAUCUAACAGUUCACAUGAGAACUCACACGGGUGGGAGGAUUUAUGAAUGUCUGCACUGCGGUAAAGGCUUCAUUAAUAAGUCUGCGCUUGAUAAACACAUCAGAACUCACACAGGUGAGAAGCCUUUCUCCUGCACUGUUUGUCAUAGAAAUUUUACUGUGAAAGGUCAUUUGACUAAACAGUUGAGAACUCACACAGGUCAAAGGACUUUUUCCUGUAGGACUUGCAAGAAAAGCUUCAUAUCAAAAACUCGUGUAAACGACCAUAUGAGAGUUCACACAGGUGGGAACGUUUUUGAAUGUGUAUCUUGCGGGAAAAGCUUUGCUAGGAAAAGUCAUCUGGUUAGACAUUACAGAACUCACACAGGUGAGAAGCCUUUUAAAUGUCUGUCCUGUGGAAAAAGCUUCACUCACAAAUGUAAUCUUGAUACACACGUCAGACUUCAUACAGGUGACAAACCUUUCAAAUGUCUGUCUUGUGGAAAAAGCUUCACCCAUAAGUCUAAUCUUGAUACACACAUCAGAACUCACACAGGUGAAAAGCCUUUCUCCUGUACGAUCUGUGGCAAAUGUUUUACCGUAAAAGGUAGGUUGACUGAUCACAUGACGAUCCACACCGAUGAGAAGCUCUUUUUGUGUGGGAUCUGUGGGAAAGGAUUUUGCGUAAGCAGUAGCUUAAAAGCUCACUUCUCUAUUCACAAUAAUGAGACGGCUAAUUUCUGUGUAAUAUGUGGAAAAAGUUACUCUAGAAAAAAAUAUUUAAAAGCUCACAUGAAAAUUCACCGCGGCAAAACACCGCAGGAAUCCACAUGAGAACCAUUUUCUAUGAUAAUAGAAGGAAAUGAUGCACGAUAUGGAUUUCACAAUCUGAUGUUUAUAUCGGAUAUUGGUCCGAUAUCAGCCAAAAAAACUAAAAUUGUAUUUUAUCGGCCCACAUCUAAAAUCUCCAAUAUCUUCAUGCUGAUAGAAGCACUCAGCUUCUGCUUUUUUUCCCCCUUUUUAGGAUACUUUAUAAAGCCUUUUCUAACGUUCUACAGUAUACAAUAAGUAAUGAAACUGGUACAAUUUGUGCUAAUUUCAUAUUAGGUCAAUAUCAGUUUUGCAAAGUCAAUACCAAUUCACAAAGCUGCAAUAUUGGUAUCGUAUUGGAAAUGAACAAGUUGUAUAGGGAAAAUUCUAAUACACACCACUUCAAAAAUGGCAUAGUAGAUGUUUGCACAGUUCUGGAGUUACACAAAACAUCUGGAUAACCAGCAAUCCAAGGUUCUUUGUGAAUCUAAUAAGAUCAUGUUUCUGCUAUAUAGUUUAUUCAACUUGUUCCCAAACAAAGACAAGCUAUGGCUCGUUUUGAAAUGGGAAAAUUGUAGCUCCUACCUCCUGUUCCUAGCUAAUAUCCCUUUGUAUUUGACGGGGUCAACAGUUAGAACACUAUUCCGGGUAGGAUAGGAGAUCUGGACUGCUGUGGUGAAUCCAGGCAGCCUUCUGCUUGACAGGCGCCAUUAUACAACCGAAAUCCUGCUUCCCAUAUUGGGACUACAAUCUUAAGAACUAUACAAGAGUUACACAAAUGUAGCAAAUGGCUGAAAAUGGAAGUAAAACAGUCAACCAAACUAGAUUGCGACGUACUAUUAUCAAGGUUUUUAACGUGAAAAAUGUGAACAUAGAAAUAAAACUUUCUAUGAACAAUUUAAUGGCAAGGGCAGUGCCAUGUUGCGCUACUCUAAAGCUGGGCAUACACUGUACGAUAUUUCUAAUAGUUGUACUCAGCUACAGCUCAAACUGUACUAUGAAACUGCAGGGUAUAGAAGUUUACAGCUCAGAUGUUUGUUCAUGAGUCCAGCGUGUAAACCACAUGUUGGACUUAAUCUGUGCCGAGAGAUGGCGCAGAUCGGACUUAUCGAUGUGGAAGAAUAACAACAAGAAAAACUCCCUUGUUUGCACAUGCACAGUGCUCGAGGUUCUGGUAAAUCGUAGUUCUGCUUCAACAGCAGGAUUUGCCUACGAACACCCUACCACAGCCGACUGAAUGUCAAACAUGUUUGAUUUUCUCCUGAUCUUACAAUACCUGACCUCGUUUCCCCUGUAUACUACACAACGCAGGAAGCACAAUGGGGCUGAAACUCGAAAAAAUUCUGGCACGACUGGAAAAUCAGCCCAAAAAAGGCAAAAAAAUCGUACAGUGUAUGCCCGGCGCAAGUAAUGUGUUGCAGGGUGGGUUGGCUCUAUAAAAACUGUCAAAUACAUUGACAAGACCAGUUAUACAUUACAACUGUAACACACUUCAGAAAUUUGUUAUGAUAGAAGACAAAGCAAAGGAUUUCAGUAAGUGUGUCAGCAGUGUGUCGCAGUGAGCUUGUCCCAGAUAUGAUGCAGAUAUUUUAGUUUUUUUGUUUGGGGUAGAAGGGGAGAAGAGAGACUCCAGGGUCGCUGGUUCAAUUCCAG